GUUUUCGUCUGACCGGUGUUGCUUAAUUCCCCGUAGGUUUGCCGACAUGAACGUAUGUCUCGCCCUGCUGGCCCUGUGCUUGGGGCUGGCCUUGGGUGCGCCGAGAACAGAUCUCGACUUGGAUGGCCACUGGCAGCUGUGGAAGGCAUGGCACAGGAAGGACUAUCAUGAGACAGAGGAAAGCUGGAGAAGAGUGGUGUGGGAGAAGAAUCUGAAAAUGAUUGAACUACAUAAUCUGGAUCACUCAUUAGGAAAACACAGCUACAAGUUGGGAAUGAAUCAGUUCGGUGACAUGACGACUGAGGAGUUCAGACAGCUGAUGAAUGGCUAUAAACACAAGAAGUCAGGAAGGAAGUCCAGAGGAUCCCAGUUUCUUGAGCCCAGCUUCCUUGAAGCACCGCGGUCUGUAGACUGGAGAGAGAAAGGAUAUGUAACUCCAGUUAAAGACCAGGGUCAGUGUGGCUCUUGCUGGGCUUUCAGCACAACAGGAGCUCUGGAAGGACAACACUUCAGAAAAACUGGCAAACUUGUUUCAUUGAGUGAACAGAAUCUGGUGGACUGCUCCCGACCUGAAGGAAAUCAAGGUUGCAAUGGUGGUCUCAUGGACCAGGCUUUCCAGUACGUGCAGGAUAAUGGGGGAAUUGAUUCAGAGGAAUCCUACCCAUACACUGCAAAGGAUGAUGAAGAUUGUCGCUACAAGGCAGAGUACAAUGCUGCUAAUGACACUGGCUUUGUUGACAUCCCCCAAGGACAUGAAAGAGCUCUCAUGAAAGCAGUAGCAGCUGUGGGUCCAGUGUCUGUUGCUAUUGAUGCAGGCCACUCUUCAUUCCAGUUUUAUCAGUCAGGUAUCUAUUAUGAACCAGACUGUAGCAGUGAAGACUUGGACCAUGGUGUUCUGGUUGUAGGUUAUGGUUUUGAGGGUGAAGAUGUAGAUGGGAAGAAAUACUGGAUUGUUAAGAACAGCUGGGGUGAGAAGUGGGGUGACAAAGGAUAUAUCUACAUGGCCAAAGACAGGAAGAACCACUGUGGCAUAGCAACAGCUGCUAGUUAUCCACUUGUAUAAUUUGAAGACUGAACAUUUCAGUGCAAAAGGGGAUUUAAAACUGAAUGACCAAACCCAUGUUCCUUUAUGUGGUAGACUCAUAUUCUUCAAAACUCAACUUGAUUUUUUUAACUCUUGAAGUCUGUUUUACAUGCUGGUGAUGUGCCACUUGUUUGAAAUUAAUGUAUAUGUUGGUAUGUAAACAGCUUGUAAUAUUUGCUGCCUUUCAACUGCUUAAUCUAAUAGAUUCUAUGUAUUUUUCUUUUUUUAAAAAAAAUUUCAAUGUGCCCAACAGUUUACUUUUUAAAUAAACACUUAAGCUAGUGUGUACAGGUGA